AAAGCCUUUCAGUUGUAAUCGAGUCGGGACGGAGCGCGGACUUGGCGUAACGUUAACGCGCGCGUUCGCGAUCGCGGUGUAUCGUACUCGCGUAUGAUCAGUGUUUUCGUUUAAUUUUCGUGACUUAAAAGUUUGUGGUUUGCGUUUUUAUUAGUUACUGAGGUAUUUAUAAUCUGCUCUUUGAUUUUCGAAGCUGUACUAUAAGUGACUAUGUGAGAACGGGACAGUGUGUGUUACUAAGUCACUUCUUGCAGUCAAACAAAAAAUGUGUUCGUUAAAAUGUUUCACCACGAUGUACAUUAAUUAACUACAACGUUCAACUUUUUGUUCAAAGCUUCAGUGGUUAACGUUAACUGACUUUUUGUCUUACUGGACUUGGAUAGACUAACUACAGUUAAGAUUAAAUAAUGGAACACUGUUUAACAGUACAAAAAAAGUGUCAGUGAUAAAAACCUACAAUGAAAACUAGGCUGAAUAAAGUAACUGUUGCUCUCAGUGAAUAGAAAAAAAAAUGAAAAGAUUUAAAAAGUGUUCAAAUUGAAUUUGGAGUGUUCGAUAAUGGCGGUGUGGGUGUGGUUGGCAGCAUUGCUGUGUGGCUCUCAAGCCGCAGUGCUACCACCACCAUGGGCCGAUGUGAAGAGGAAUCCGUGCGCAGCAUUGCCGAGAGGAUGGCUUAUGCUGUACUGGCCGAAGGACGGAAAAUGCUACACCAUUUAUAAGAAAGGACACCCAUGCGCAGAAACCCAAGAGCUGAGUCCAGGGAGAUGGGGCGGGCGGACUAUAGCGGAGUGCAAGUGUCCUCCCGGCACUGCUCAGCUCCCUCACACGAACACCUGCCACAAACUCUUCGAGAGGGGACCCUGCAGGCCAGGGGAGUACUUCGCACCCGUCGAGGAGUCAUUCAACAAGAGAGGUGAACGCCAAGGUAUGUGCGUGAGACCGCAACAGUGCGCUGAUGAGACCUUGGUCUACUGGCCUGCUGACGGCAAAUGCUACUACCGGAGCACCCAAGGCCCUUGCUACCCUGGGUCAGUGUUGGAGGCUGGAGAAGAUGGGAUUGCUAAUUGUUCUUGCGAAAUCUCCAGUCCCCACUACUGGCCAGCUGAUGGUAGCUGCUACCCCCACUACACAAGAGGUCCUUGCGAGAAGGGACAGCUAUUCCUGCCGGGACCUAAGUGUGGCUGCGAGAGUCAUCUACCUCAUUAUCAUAAUGAAACUGGAGCCUGUUAUGAAUUAGAUUCUCUGGGCCCAUGUCCAAGAGGCCACACGUUCUCCAUAGCCGAGGUUGCUCCCCACGGCUCCCGAGCUGAAUGUAGAUGCAAGAACUUCCACGCACGUGCUGCUGAUGGAGUCUGCUAUCGGCUGUAUACUAGAGGACCCUGCGCCCAAGAUGAAAUGAUUGCCAGAGGCGGACGAUGUACUAAGGUGCCUUGCGCUAGAGGUCGUCUGUACGUGCCAGAACGUCGUCGCUGCUAUCGACCUGGUACUCCAGAACCGUGUCCAGCUGGAGAAGUCGUUGCCUUCGACUUUGAAGCUCGACCAGCGAUAGACGGACUGAGCCAUAACGGAGUCUGUGCGUGUGGAAACGGUGCUUGCAGUCGACGCGAGGUGCGUUUAGAUGUGGAAGCCUGCACCACACGACGUGGUACAGCUCCCUACAACGGAACCUGUCACAUCCUGAACACACAGGGUCCUUGUCCUGAGAACUCCUGGCUCAUGAGAGACAGUAAGAACAACAUCAGGUGUAAGUGCAUGCCUGGGAGGAUCCCACCCAACUGCGACGAAGACACCAGAGUCGCAGUCAAGAGUUGAUAUACAGUGACAGUGGAUAAUGAACUCAAGUGUAGUUGAAAGACGGUUUAUUGUUGAAAAGCAUUUAUGAGAGAUGCUAGAUAUGCUUGAACAAUUGUUAAAAUGUGACGUACGUAGGGUAAAAAAUGGAUAAAUAAAGGCCCAUUUCAGGCCAAGGUGAUUCCCACCCUAUCCCUCAAUCAAAAGGUAUGUUUUUAUGUGGGGUGUACGUCUUAUAUUUUUAGCUAAGACCUCUAAAUUUUGAGAUACAUAUAUCAAGAUUUGAAAGUGGUCUAGGACAAGACCAGUCCCAAGCAUCAAUUGUAUCCUCGAAAAUUGAAAUAGAAAAUGGAAUGCGAAUUGUCAAACAGAAAAAUCGUAUUUAUUGAUAAGAUUCUUAGUUUAUUAACUCUUAGUAUGCCGGGGAGUUCUACGCGAGACACAAUGAGUUUUCUAUUUUGUCUCAUAUACCGACGCAUACAAGAGGGUUUAUGUACAUAAAUAGAUUAGAAAUUGGUUAUCCGUAAAUAGACUUAAGUAUACAUAAUUGAAGAACUACAAUUAAGUAGGUAGGAAUGUAUUUAAAUUAAAAAGGUAUUAUUUAAUUUAAAACAUGUUUUGUGAAUAAAUGAAAUUCUUAUUUAUGCAUUUAAUACUGGUAUACUUUUGAACAUAUUUUUAAUAGAAACGAGACAAUGACUUCCUUGUGGGUCGAGUGGUCGUAAGUGCCACUGCCGGAAAAGGGGUCUCGGGUUCGAUUCCCAGGUCAAGUAUUAUCAAGUAUUACUGGGUCUUUUUCUCAGUAGUAUCACGGAGUCUAGAAGUGUGCAUAGUAUAUGGCAAUAGACACACCUCCUAUUUCAUGGGACUUAUAACACAAAUGAUGAAAAGUGGGUGUACAUUGUAAUGUGCACCUCUGCCUGCCCCUUCGGAGGUAAAAGGCGUACCGUUACGAGACAAUAUUGUGUAUGAAUGAAUGGCACGGGAAUGAAUAAAAUAAAAGAAAUUAAAUAUAUUUUUUAUAUAAAA